GUUAAUGAUGAAGUUCAUUGUUCUUUAGUUAUGUCCAAGUCUAGAGUUACUCCAUUGAAAGCUGUUACUAUUCCAAGAUUGGAACUGACAGCAGCAGUUGUGUCAACUAAAGUAAGUGUUAUGUUAAGAAAGGAACUUGAUUUUCAAAAUAUAAAGGAAAUAUUUUGGACAGAUAGUAAAGCAGUCUUGGGAUACAUUUCAAAUGACGCCAAAAGGUUUCAUGUUUUUGUUGCGAAUAGAGUUCAAUAUAUUAGAGAUAGGACUGAUCCUAUUCAGUGGAAUUAUGUACAGUCAGAGUCAAAUCCAGCAGACUAUGCUGCCCGUGGACUUUGUGUUAAAGAAUUAAUUAAUAAUUUGAUGUGGUGGAAUGGUCCAAAGUUUCUUUGGAAGAAACUUGAUAAUUGUGGAAGUUCCUGUGAACAAAGAUCCAUUUUAGAGGAUGAUCCAGAAGUCAAGAAAGUGUCGUUUGUAGUAACUUCAAAGAGAGAAGUACCAUUUCUUGAUAGAUUAAAAUAUUUUUCAGAUUGGUUUAGAGCUAAAAGAGCUACAGCAUUGUGUUUAAGACUACAAAGUAAGUAUAAGAAAACCACAGAAACAUCUGAGGAGAAAAUUGAUAAGAAGAUAUAUGUAACAUUUAGUCCUGUGACAGUUUCAGAGCUUGAAAAGGCAGAGAAAGUAAUAAUAAAGGAACUUCAGAGUAAACACUAUGCAGAUGAAAAAAGGGUUCUUCAAACAAAGGAGAAUGUCCUUAAUAAAACAAGCAGUUUGUACAAAUUAGAUCCAUUUAUGGAUACAGAUGGAAUCAUAAAGGUACGAGGAAGACUUAGUCAAGCAAACUUGAAUGAAGCAAGUAGACAUCCUGUAAUUUUACCAGGUAAAUGCCACAUAUCAGAAUUGCUGAUUUGUCACUAUCACCAAAGGGUUUACCAUCAAGGUCGUGGCAUAACUUUAAAUGAAAUAAGAUCAGCAGGUUACUGGAUUGUAGGAGGAUCAUCUAUGGUAGCUAAGCACAUUAGAAACUGUAUUGUUUGUAAGAAAUCAAGAGGUAAAACACUUGACCAAAAAAUGUCAGAUCUGCCAAAGGACAGACUUGAACCAUCUCCUCCAUUUACUUAUUGUGCUGUAGAUUAUUUUGGUCCAUUUUAUGUGAAGGUAAGACGCAGUGAAGUCAAGAGAUAUGGAGCAUUGUUCACAUGCUUAGUUUCAAGAGCUAUUCACCUAGAAGUUGUUGAAUCUAUGGAUACUGAUUCUUUUCUUAAUGCUUAUCGUCGUUUUGUUGGUAGAAGAGGGCCAGUACGUCAGUUGAGAUCAGAUAGAGGUACAAAUUUUGUAGGUGCCAAGAAUGAACUUGAGAUUUGCUUAAAGGAAAUGGAUCAAACAAAAAUAAGCAAUGUAAUGUUAAAGGACAAUUGUGAUUGGAUUAAUUUUAAAAUGAAUGUGCCUUAUGCUAGUCAUAUGGGAGGUGUAUGGGAGAGACAGAUUCGCACUGUACGGAACAUAUUGUCUGUGAUACUUAGUCAGCAUGGAAAUCAGUUAGAUGAUGAUUCAUUACAAACAUUUAUGGUUGAAGCAGAAUCCAUUGUCAAUAGUCGUCCAUUGACACUGGACAGUAUUAAUUCAAUAGAGAAUUUGGAUCCUCUAACUCCCAACCAUCUUUUGACAAUGAAAUCAAAGGUUGUAUUGCCACCACCAGGUAAUUUUCAAAAUAAUGAUUUAUAUUCAAGGAAAUUACAGUAUUUAGCCAAUGUGUUUUGGUCUAGAUGGAAGAAAGAGUUUUUACAAUCUCUUCAAUCUAGAGAUAAGUGGAUUAAACCCAGAAGAAAUGUAAAAAUAGGAGAUAUUGUGAUUGUAAAGGAUCAAAAUGAAACUAGAAACUAUUGAAAAAUGGGUCGUUUGUAAGUGAAGUAAUUUGUGAUGAAGAUGGACAUGUAAGGAAAACAAAGAUUAUGAUGUCUGAUUCAUGUCUUGAUAAGAAUGGUAAAAUGAUUAAAGAAUUUACUUAUGUUGAGAGACCUAUUCAUAGACUAAUUAUGUUAUUAGAAUAUAAGGUUUAUUUGAGUUAACUUAAUGUACUUUAUAUCCAGGGAAGUCCCCGCCAAAGAGCUUUAUUUUAUUUGUGAUACCUCAGAAGAUUAAUGUUUUAUUUUUGUAUUUACUUUCAAGAAAGAAGGUUUUAUAAAGAAAAUAGUUUUAAGGUAGUAUAAUGUUAAUUGUAAAUUGUAAACAAUUUAGGGGAGCCAUGUAAGUGUAGUAGCCCAAUUAAGAAAGUAAAGAUGAAUGAAAAUGUUUUAAAUGACUAUAUUUCAAAGUCGAAUACAUAGACGGGUAUUGGAACGUGGUUGUUUACUUCAACGGCAGCUGUGGUCGCCUAACAGCACCAGGCCCUAUUGUAGGGGUUUGGAGUUUUACGUAUGAGUACGGACAUGGAAGAUGAGGAUGAAUAUGUGGAAAUUGUAUUUCAUCAGUUAUGGAGAAUAAAGGAAGAAGCAACAA